CUUCUGCUUCUUUGCAGGUGGUAUGGGCAAGAGAAAGAUUAUAAUGUUCUAGUUAUGGAUCUGCUUGGACCCAGCCUUGAAGAUCUCUUCAACUUCUGCUCUCGCAGAUUCACAAUGAAAACAGUACUUAUGUUAGCAGACCAGAUGAUCAGUAGAAUUGAAUAUGUGCAUACAAAGAAUUUUAUACACAGAGACAUUAAACCAGAUAACUUCCUAAUGGGUAUCGGGCGUCACUGUAAUAAGUGUUUAGAAUCUCCAGUGGGGAAGAGGAAAAGAAGCAUGACUGUUAGUACUUCUCAGGACCCAUCUUUCUCAGGAUUAAACCAGUUAUUCCUUAUUGACUUUGGUUUGGCCAAAAAAUACCGGGACAACAGGACAAGGCAACACAUACCAUAUAGAGAAGAUAAAAAUCUCACUGGUACCGCCAGAUACGCCAGCAUCAAUGCACAUCUUGGCAUUGAACAAAGUCGCCGUGAUGAUAUGGAGUCACUAGGAUAUGUAUUGAUGUACUUUAACAGAACCAGCCUGCCAUGGCAAGGAUUAAAGGCUGCAACAAAGAAGCAGAAGUAUGAAAAGAUUAGUGAAAAGAAAAUGUCCACUCCUGUUGAAGUUCUGUGCAAGGGAUUUCCUGCAGAAUUUGCAAUGUAUCUGAACUACUGCCGUGGGCUGCGCUUCGAAGAAGCUCCUGAUUACAUGUAUCUGAGGCAAUUGUUUCGUAUUCUUUUCAGGACUUUGAAUCACCAAUACGACUACACGUUUGACUGGACAAUGUUAAAGCAGAAAGCAGCACAACAGGCAGCCUCUUCCAGUGGGCAGGGGCAGCAAGCCCAAACCCCCACAGGCAAGCAAACUGACAAAUCCAAGAGUAACAUGAAAGGUUAGUAGCCAAGAACCAAGUGACGUUACAGUCCAAAAAUAUUAAACACUAAUUUGGAUAAUGUUGUGAACUUAAGUGUUAGAUCGAGGAGGUCAUUAAAAACCUACAUUUGGCUGUUCAGUAUUAAAAAAAAAAAG